AUGCAGUGUUGUAAAUUUGAGCUGCCCGGUAAAAGCUGAUUGACUCUUCUUUUGAGAGCUUUCUGAAUUUGUAAUGAUAUUUUAGUCUGAUGAAGGUAUUAUGACAAGCUGCUUCAAGUAUAGUUUGUAAUUGUUGGUCUGUUACCACCCUCGACAUUCACAUGAAACAAACUUUGUGUUGAUUGGUGGAAAAACCAUCAGUUAGUAGUGACCUAACCGUCUCUCUCUUCCUGAUAGGUUUUCAGUAAAGACACUGUUGGAGAAGUACACCGCCGAGCCCAUCGAUGACUCAUCAGAGGAGUUCAUCAACUUCGCAGCUGUCCUCGAGCACAUCCUCAGCCACGGCUUCAAAGGUAAAACUAGCAUAUUAUCAUUGACAUAUUAUCAAAUCAAUUUUAAUAGUUGCAGUACACAAAGACAGAGAAAUUUUAAGUAUCACAAUCAGAGGAGGGAUACAUUCCAAAAAGCAGUGUUUUGAGAGUGACCAGUCUCUACCCUUUCUUUGGGCGGGGUCAGGGUCGGGCAGCUGGUUUGAUGGACAGCGCAGCUACUGGGACUUCAUCAGGCUGGCCUGCGGGAAGGUCCAUAACAGCUGCAUCAGCAGCAUCGAGAACAUGGAGAAUAUCAGCACCUCGCGGGCCAAGGCAAGAGAUCGGCAUCCUUACUUACUUAGACUGACUGAAUCACUGACUAACUGA